CCCGUGCAUUUGCAGUUGCGGAUGAUGGGAGUUGCACCGGCGAUCUUAUUGUACCUGCUAUUGUCACUACACUUACUGGCAGUUGCAGUUUUUAUGAAGUUUAUUUCGCCACCACCCCAGAUGAGUUAUUUUACACCAGAGAUUCAAGUCGUUCAGAUGUUACCUAUGUAAAUUCUGAUGAACAAGUGUGCCUACCAGGUUCUGAAGGUGCAAGUGGUAUCCGUAAGUGUUGCUCGUGUUCUGAUGGUAACCGACCAAGUUUUUCAAGUUUAGUAGUCUUUGUCUGUCUUUGCUAACUGUUGCAUUGCCCUCGAUUUAUCGAUGGACAGGGGAGGUUUCUUUUAGUGUCAGCGAUGUGGAAAAUAGUCAAAUCUACGAUGCAAAUAGCGAUGGUCCUGAAGCCCCGAAAACUCAAUUCUGUAUCGAAUUGUCUGUGGUGGAAACUGAAUCUCAGACCCAAAUCAAUGCUGUUAAUCACAAAAUAAGCUUCACUCAUACGGCUUCAGGGAAUUUUGGAUCAUUCAAUGUUGACGUCAAUUUGGAUGGAGACACCUCGGUAUCGGUUGUGGAGACUGAGAAAGAAUUGAAUACAGGCUAUGACAUUACCGCAGAUCUGUGCAGUGUCGACACUAGAUACAAGCUUGGACAACCAUUCACUGUGUGUGUUUAUUCUCCUGACGAUAAUAUGCAAAUUGAAGGCCUCAGCAACGUGGUAUGCAAGGGUCGAACCCUCAUUGGUGCUGAUGGUAACACUGACUUCCUGACUACGAUGGAGCGUCGUGAUACUCAUGAUUUCCAAUUCUCUAGUAUUGUCGUUGACGCAUACUUCACCGACCCUCAAACAUACGAAAAUGGUGAUCAAUAUUUUAGUUGCAGCGGUGAUGUGGAACUGGCCACAUAUGCAACUGGAGCUGACGGACGCAAGUUGAAGAAGACCUUCUCACUUGUUGGAGAACGUCGCCUUAAGGCAGAUAAUGAAGAGCACAAGUUUGUGACUAAGAUUUCCAUUGGUGCCGAGGGUGGCAGUGCUGAUGCGACUACUUCCCCUGGUGUUUUGCCGGGAUGGAGUGCCGUUGCUACUGCAGCCGGUGCCGUGGCAACUGUUGGUGCUCUGUUCUAAAACGACAAUGCACAUUUGAAGUGUCAAAACAAAAAGAAAAAUCAAGAAAAUUCAUGUCCGAUUCGCCCGACCCGCCCACUGAACCCCAACCCCAGGCGCAAAACAAAAGAAAAAUUACUACGUAGGAAAAAUAAAAUAAUUGUGUUAGUUUCAAAGAAAGAUUUGAGUGCCAAUCUAUUCUGGUUCUUGACAUUAAGACCAAUGUACCGUACGUACGAAGGAAGUACUUUUAAGACAGCAUCGUACGUACAAUACAUGAUAGUACGAACACAGCAGUGAACAAGAGAGAAUCCGACCCUACCAAAGCCAAACAAAAAAUUCAAAAAUCCCGGCCCGAAUCCAAACGCAACAAGCACCGCACAAACCACAGCGACGAAGCCGACAAAGCCAAGAAAGCCAUGGCUACCGCUUCCGGAAUGACCACCUCCCGUCCCAUGGAUGCGAAAGCACGGAACCCAACGGCACGGGCACGGUGUCUUUCGGUGAUCUUUCUGGUUGGCACCUCCUGCCUCUUCCGCUUCCCGUGCGCCGCCGGCUUUGCGGUUCCACGCACCACCACCGUGGCGGCCGAGCCGGCAGGAGCUCCCGCGAGUGAAUUCGGACACGAGCGCGAGCUGCAGCUUGGGCGCGAGGGGCCCGCGCCGGGGGAUCCCUGGGUGGCCGGGAGGGAGGCCCUCCGCCACCGGGAGUGCUGCGUCGUUUCCGUCUGCUCGCCGGAGGACCACGGGGGCGACGAAGACGAAGCCUCCCUCUCGGACGGCCUCCGCUGGCUGCAGCACCGCCUUGCGGACCACGGCCCCUCCGACGUCGACCUCCGCGCCAGGAUCGACACCACCACCCCCGAAACAGCCCUGGAGGACUGUGCGAGGGUCUGGGACGCCGUGAACGUCGUUGUGCAGGACGAGGACGAGGACGAGGACGAGGACGACUACGGUUCUGACGGCGGUGGAAGCGCCGCCGACGGGGACCACCGUUCCGUGGCGGCCCUCGCGGAGCUCGCCCGCGGGGUUUCCUCCCUCGCGGAACGCCCGUCCGGGCAAGUGCACGUGUACGCACGCAUCGUCUGCGCGUCGGGCUACGAGGCCCGGGACCCGCCCUUCCACACGGACAAGGCACCCCUGCGGGGCUACGUGACCCUCCGGGGGGUCGGGACGGAGUUUGUCGACCGGCCCUGCAACCCCCUGGAGUACGCGGGCCUCCGGGCGCUGGGGAAGCUUGGCGGCAGCGGCGAUGGCAAGGGUUCCCCGUCGCUGCGGUGCGCCAGGGAACUGGAAUUCAUCGUCAUGAAGGGGGAUUACUACUACGAGUACGCCCGGGAGCGGUUGCGGGACGCGGCGGGCGGCGGCGCCGGCACCGAAGCGGGUGCCCUCCCGCGGCUCCCGGAGACGGGAUGGUGGCAGCGGGAGUUCGCCUGCGUCCACCGGUCCCCCCCGGGCGGAAGCCGCCGCCGGGUCAUCGUCUCCUUCGACCUGGCCGACGGAAGCGACGACCGGGAGUGGCACGAUUCCGGCCAGAAGCGCCAGUGGAGGAGCGGGAUGACCCAGCGCAAGUCCCGCCUGGUGGCGUGAGGCGCGGGGUGGAGACAAAGGCAACGACGACAACGGCGGGGGCCGAAGCAGUUCCUUCCGAGCGGCGCUCUCGCGGCGGUCUCGAGGCGAUUCCUCCGAUGCGCGUUCCGCGCCUCGCACCGGCAGCUACCACCGGUGCUGCACCACCCGUUGCCGAGGAGUUGCGGUGGCUUCGAGCGGGAAGCCGCGGUGGCUCGGAACAGGUGUCGAGGCUCCCGACAACCACAGCACGUUUUGUCCAGUAGUCCCACGAAUGGUUUGUGUGGUGGUCCUAUGGCGAUGCCGUGCAGCACACCGGGUCGGGGGUCUCGUGUGGCAGAGCCGAGCCGCACCCUUUUGGCCGUUCGGUACGAGUAUGUACGCACCCUAUUCCGGAUCGAUCGACCCGUUCAAAACCAAGGGGGAAAGGUCAUAUCGGCUAGAAUAAUAGAGGUAGUGGUGUCAUUUCAAAUGUAAUGCGUACUUCAAACGAGACGAGUUUUUCGAGCCGUGUGCACAAACUCCAUUUGAGCAAGCAACUGUUCCGAGUGGUGUGAUAUCAAUUUUCCUGGGUUGCAGACGCAUGUAUGUCCCAGCUAGGAAUGCAAAUGACUUCGGAACGAGAUACGUGACCGGCGUACUAAUAAUUGGUAGAACUAAAU